AUGAUCGUCCACUCGCUCUUGAAGCAGUCGGGAAAACACUUCAGACGUUACAAACUACUGCAACUCAUAAGUUACGGUAGCUUCGGAGCCGUCUAUGAGGCCGAGACAACGUCAACGACAGUGGCCGUGAAACUGAGUACGGAUAAGGAUUCGAUGGAUAACGAGUCGGAAAUAUUGAUCGAUUUGAUGGGAUUGGAUUGUGUGCCGAGUUGGUUGUGGAGAGGAUUCGAGAAUGAUUACGAAGUUUUGGUGAUGCGAAUGAGUUACAAUCUGGAUCUUCACGCUCUGCGUCUCCUCAAUUUCUCUCAAACCUUCUCCAAAUCGACCAUCCAGAAAUUCCUGCUUCAAGCGCUCUCAGCUCUCGAAUCCAUUCACUCUCGUGGUAUAAUCCAUCGAGAUGUGAAGGCCGACAACUUUCUGUGCUCAGUUCCAUCGGGUCCCAACAACACCGUCCGGAUUCAGAUAACAGAUUUCGGUUCAGCAGCGAGAUAUUUGGAUGGAGAUGGAAAUUUCUGGGAUGGAGAUGAGAGAAAUUUCAAUUUGAUGAGACACGCGACACCGAAUAUGAUGGAUGGAGGAAGGGCAUCGCCAGUGGAUGAUGUGCUCCAAUUGUCAUAUUGUGCUCUUCACAUUGAUAAUAAUCACAAGAAACAGUUUCAGUGGAUGGACGAGCAGUUGAACGAUUGGAAGAAUGCAUUGAUUCAUCUGCCCGAACUGACACUCCACCCAAAAUCCAUGUGGCUUUUGGAUUUUUUCGAAGAGAUUGGCGAGUUCGAGGGCACCACCGCAGUGGACUACGCACCGAUUCGGAAAGCGAUAGUGAAUAUGAAGACUGGGGAAGACGCGUUCGGAGAUUUGUGUCUAACAGAGGUGGAUGGGAAGUUGUGUCUUUUGUGA